GAGAGAGAGGGAGAGAGACGGAUCUCCUGGAGCCGCGCGGAGAAGCUUCGCCCCGGAGAGGAUGGCAGGGGCUGGAGGAACCUGAGAGACACGGAAUCUAAAUCUAAACCAGCUCUGUUGUCGCCCUCCGUCAGCUGUCAUGCGCGUCCAGGAGGGGCAGGAGAGCAGGACUUCCAGAAUGGCUUCCGGGAUUAACCUCUGGUCUUGGUAGAACUACCCAGAAGUUCACGUCUGUUUGCACAGCAUCUCAGCCUCUGGGAAAUUCCAUAAUGUAAAUGCAACUGGCCCCUUUUUUUAAUUUAGGCUUAGCACCAUGAACCAUAAAGGAUCUCCCAGGACCGUUUCUGCCACAGUUUGGAUUUGAUUCAGCUUUUUUCUUUUUCGCUGGGACCGUUUCACGGGUCUGCAGCGGUGGCCUUUGGUGGCAGCUGCUGCAGCAGCGGCCGAAGGUGGACCUUGGUGCCUUGGAACACAGGGAUACUUUCACAAAAGCACACACCAUCAUGAGGAUAUCCACCACCACUUGUCUCUGUCCAUUUUUGGUCUGCCUCUGCUUCAUCCAGAGGUGCUACGGGACGAGCCACCAUGUCCCCACCAAAGUGCCCUCCAAGAUCAACCAGACCAAACUGGCCAACGGGGAGACAGAGGUGCACCACAGGCCCAAGCGGGGCUGGAUCUGGAACCAAUUCUUUGUUUUAGAAGAACAAAUGGGACCAGAUGCACAAUAUGUGGGAAAGCUUCACUCAAACUCGGAUAAAGGCGAUGGAUCUGUCAGGUAUAUUCUGAGCGGAGAAGGAGCUGGGACUAUAUUCAUCAUCGACGAAGUGACAGGAGAUAUUCACGCUACUAAGAGCCUGGAUCGGGAACGGAAAACACAUUAUGUCCUGCAUGCACAAGCCUUGGACCGCUACACAGAGGAGGCCCUGGAACCAAAGUCGGAAUUCAUCAUCAAAGUGCAAGACAUCAAUGACAACGCGCCUAAAUUUCCAGAUGGACCCUUUGUAGCUCUGGUGCCCGAGAUGUCUGACGUGGGCACCUCUGUGUUGCAAGUCACAGCCAAUGAUGCCGACGACCCCACCUAUGGGAACAGCGCCAAAAUAGUCUACAGUAUCCUACAAGGACAGCCAUAUUUCUCUGUCGACCCCAAAACAGGAAUCAUCAGGACUGCCUUAUCCAACAUGGACCGGGAAGCCAGAGAGCACUACACUGUUGUCAUCCAAGCCAAAGACAUGGCCGGCCAGGUCGGAGGUCUCUCUGGCUCCACCACCAUCAACAUCACGCUCACAGACGUCAACGACAACCCGCCCAAGUUUCCACAGAAAAAUUACGAGCUCUUUGUCCCUGAAUCGGCUCAAGUUGGAAAACCAGUGGGGAAGAUCAAAGCCAACGAUGACGACCUCGGCAUCAACGCAGACAUCAAGUAUGGCAUCAUUAACCCUGAGGGCGCAAAUAUGUUCUCCAUAUCCACAGACAGAGACACGAGAGAGGGAAUUAUCAGCCUCAAAAAGCAGCCACUGAACUAUGAGAAGAAGAAUAUCUACACACUUCAGAUUGAGGGAACGAAUACGCACGUGGAUACUCGUUUUUCCUAUCUUGGCUCUUUCAAAGACACGGCUAACCUGAAAAUCACAGUGGGGGAUGUUGACGAAGCCCCCGUCUUUUCCAUGGAUUAUUACAUUUUGGAUGUUUAUGAGAACUCACCAAGUGGAACAGAAGUGGGUGCGGUUACAGCUCGAGAUCCAGACAGCAAGAACAGUCCUGUCAGAUACUACUUGGACAGCAAGGAGGGUGAAGUGAGGUACUUCAGAAUACAUGAAAGCAGCGGAGUGAUACGGACGACGCAGCCUCUGGACCGGGAGGACAUGGCUUGGCACAACAUCACUGUAAUGGCCUCGGAGGUUGACAACCCGAGCCUCGCCACGCCUGUUCCCGUCACCAUUCAGGUCCUGGACAUGAAUGACAACCCACCAGAAAUCCCCACCGACGAGGAGGUGAUCGUGUGCGAGAGCUCCAAGCAAGGCCAGCUGAUCCAGACUGUGACGGCGGUGGACAAGGACGACUUUGCCAAUGGACAGCGAUUUUCUUUCGCUCCGCCAAGCCACCUGCCAAUGAAUCCCAACUUCACCUUAAAGGACAAUGAAGACAGCACAGCCAGCAUCAUUGCCAGGCGGCGCCGUUUCAACCACCUGACACAGGAGCUGUACGAGCUGCCCAUCGUGGUCUGGGACGGUGGGGAGCCGUCGCUGAGUGGCACCAGCACCUUGACCCUGCGGGUUUGCCCGUGCCAGCGCCGCGGCAGGAUCCGGAUAUGCCAGGGAGAAGCUUUCCUCUCCUCCGCGGGCCUCAGCACGGGGGCUCUGAUCGCCAUCCUGCUGUGCAUAGUCAUCCUGCUGGCAAUCGUGGUUCUCUUCAUUACCCUGAGGAGAAGCAAGAAAGAGCCCCUCAUCAUCUCCGAAGAAGACGUUAGAGAAAACGUGGUGACGUACGAUGACGAGGGCGGCGGUGAGGAGGACACAGAGGCCUUUGACAUCAUCGCCCUUCGAAACCCAGCUGCAGCAGAGGAGCUCAAGUUCCGACGGGACAUUCGCCCGGAUGCGAGGCAUCACUGCAGCCUGUCGCACGGCCACAUGAGCCCGUCCAUGGAGCUGGACGAGGUGGAUGUGCACGAGUUCAUCAAGCAGAGACUGGUGGAGGCCGACCUGGACACCAGCGUGCCGCCCUACGACUCCCUUCAGACCUAUGCGUUUGAAGGUCAGGGCUCACCCACAGGAACCAUCAGUCCACUAGACUCUCUGGGCGUACAGUCAGAGCAGGAAUAUAACUAUCUGGAUAACUGGGGACCUGAGUUCCAGAAACUAGCAGAACUCUACGGAGAAGCAGAGUUGGAUGUGGCAACCUAGUCUGUGAUUUCACUCCCGUUCAAACCAAAUCUGUUUGGAACCCGUUUUUCAGAUUUUUCCGUGAAUGAUAUGGACACACAGAAGCUUUCAAACGGUUUGAGUGGUUUUCAACAUUUACUGUUGAAUCAAGAAGACUGCUCACCUUUUUGUUUUUCUUUUUUUUUCCAUUUUGUUGCGUUGGAUGAAGGAUCGUUCAUCUGGAAAUACUGGAUUUUGAGAUGAAAGAACAAAUAUGGGGAAAAAAGAAAAAUAUUUCCCUUGGUGUAUAUUUUUUAAUGCUCAAUAAAGUCCUGAAAUCCAUUUGGGUGGAUAUG